AUGACGGCAUCAACAAAUUCAAAUUUUUUGGAAGUUGACACCCUUGACGUUUGCGCUUGCACCUUACCUCACUCAAGGGACCUCAACUUAAAACAACCCAACGGGCAUCCUCCCCACACACACACCCCAAUGUUCGCACCAGGCCUCCCCUACCACCUCCGCGCCCUAACCAAACUCCGGUGCAAAAUCUUCCAAACAACCUACAACCCGCAAGGUCUCCGCACAGGCGCCAAAUACCUCCGCCAACGCCUCCGCGGGCCCAGCAUGAUGGCGUACUACCCCACCACGCUCAACCUCUCCCGGUUCAUUCGGCAGAACCCCGAUAUGGAGAUGGUGAAUGAGGAUGCGGAGGAGAGGUUGGUUGAUGUUUAUGAGAGGAGGAAGAGGGGCAAGGGUGCGCCGAAGAAGGCGAAGGAUAAGACGGAGAGUAGGAGGUUGCAGAAGAGGAGGUGA